GGCUGCGGAGAAGUGGGGGGAGCCUGUGAUGGCGGCAAGGCCGCGGCUUUCGGUGCCGGUCUGUGUGCACGGAUUGAGCUGGAGUGCGGGGCCUGCCGCCCACACGUCUCGUUGGCAGUGAAGUCUUCAUGGGGCGGCGGAAAGGAAGUUCGUCGUCGCGGGGCGAGAGUUUGCGGUUUCUUUCGUACUAAGCACUGAUACUGUCCAACACCAGGAUUGCUAGUGUGUCCACCAAAUCUACUCUACCUCAAAGUUAGUCAUGUACUGUGACACAGCUUGUAUCAACGGAAAUGCUGCAACUUGCUAAAAAAAAAUCAUCUGGAGUAAAAGUGUGAUAUGAUUGUAUGGAAUGACCCAGGGCUAUUGGAAAGUGGAAUAUUCUGAAGUUAGAAGUCUAUUAGGGUUUUACAGCUUUCAACAUUAGCAUAUAAUUCAGUGGCCAUUUCUUAUUUUAAUAACAAAUCACAGUUUUCAAGCUGUUUAGAAUUUUCAUCAAACUGGGUGAAGAUAUUCAUUAAUGGAAUGCAAUCAUGUCCAGUAAGGAAGACAAGCAGAUCAAUACGGAAUAUGCUGUAUCUUUGUUGGAGCAGCUUAAAUGUUUCUAUGACCAGCAGCUGUUGACUGAUAUAGUUUUAAUCGCAGAGAGCACUGAAUUUCCGUGCCAUAAGAUGGUUCUUGCUACAUGUAGCUCCUAUUUCAGGGCUAUGUUUAUGAGUGGACUGAGUGAAAGCAAGCAGACACACGUUCACUUGCAGAAUGUGGAUGCAUCCACACUUCAGAUAAUCAUUAGAUAUGCAUACACGGGUAACCUGGCAAUAAAUGACAGCACUGUGGAACAGCUCUAUGAGACAUCGUCUUUUCUGCAGGUGGAAACCGUAUCUCAACGUUGUCGAGAAUAUUUAAUAAAGAAAAUUAAUGCUGAGAACUGUGUCCGAUUACUGAGCUUUGCAGAUUUGUACAGCUGUGAAGAACUGAAAAUAUGCGCAAAGCGAAUGGUGGAGCACAAAUUUACUGCUGUUUACCGUCAAGAAGCUUUUUUGCAGCUUUCACAUGAUCUUUUGAUAGAUAUCCUCAGCAGUGACAAUUUAAAUGUGGAGAAGGAAGAGACAGUCCGUGAAGCUGCUAUGGUGUGGCUAGAAUAUGACACUGAAUCACGAUCCCAAUAUCUGUCUUCAGUCCUUGGCCAAAUAAGAAUAGACGCACUUUCUGAGGUAACACAGAGGGCAUGGUUCCAAGGCUUACCACCUAAUGAUAAGUCUGUGGUGGUGCAAGGAUUGUAUAAAUCUAUGCCAAAAUUUUUCAAACCUAGACUUGGUAUGACUAAAGAAGAGAUGCUGAUAUUCACUGAAGCCUCUGGUGAAAGUCCUCGUUCUUCCUUUUGUGCUGUUUGCUACAGCCCUCAGGCAGAGAAGGUGUAUAAACUCCGUAAUCCUCCUGGAGAUUUGCAGAGAGUAGGGACGCUUGUUACUCCUGACAAUGACAUUUACAUUGCAGGUGGACAGGUCCCUUUAAAAACUUCUAUCACCAACAAUAGCAAGGCAAGCAAACUUCAGGCUGCUUAUAGACCUGUGAAUUGUUUCUACCUUUUUGAUGCUCAACAGAACACAUGGGUCCCAAAGAGUCCAAUGUUGUGUGCUCGCAACCGACCUUCUUUGGUUUGCUGUGAAGGAUAUAUCUAUGCAAUUGGAGGGGACAAUGUUGCAGGGGAAAUGAACAAACGGACGGUGGAGAGGUAUGAUUGUGAAACAGAUGAAUGGACUUUGGUUACUCCCUUGCCUUGUGCUUGGCAGUGGAAUGCAGCAGUAGCAGUGGAAGACUACAUUUAUGUCAUGGCACACAAUCUAACAUUUUGCUACUGCCCGCGUACUGACUCUUGGGUUGAAAUGGCUGCACGUCAAACAAGCAGGUGUUUUGCCUCAGCUGCAGCAUUUGGAGACAAAAUCUUCUACAUUGGUGGUUUGCAUAUUGGAAAUAACUCAGGUAUUCGAAUACCUUCAAGCACUGUUGAUGGUUCCUCUGUAACUGUCGAAGUUUAUGAUGUGAUCAAAAAUGAGUGGAAAAUAGCAACUAAUAUCCCUGCAAAGCGCUACUCUGACCCCUGCGUAAGAGCAGUUGUGGUCUUGAACUGUCUGUGUGUGUUCAUGAGAGACACUCACAUGAAUGAGAAACCCAAGUAUGCAAUCUAUCAGUACAACAUGGAACUAGACCAAUGGAUCCUGCGUCAGUCUAUUUCUGAACGAGUCCUCUGGGAUCUUGGCAAAGAUUUUCGGUGCACAAUGGGGAAACUUUACCCUUCGUGUCUGGAAGAAUCUCUGUGGAAGCCUCCACCAUCUCUGUUCUCACAAGAUGGAGCAGAUGAGUUUGAAUUGGAUGGAGAUAUGGUUGCUUUGCCGUUGAAUAGUUAACUAGAAAUGGGCACAUGCUGUGGAUUCCUAAGACAUGCAUAACACAGCAAUAUGUACGUAACAAGCUUCCAGAUCAUGACAGGGUUUAGUCUAACAGAUUAAGCAGUAACUGUGUUCUGCACAGCAUGUCACUAAGUUUGCAUAGUAUUGUGUAAAUAACUCAGAAUCCACUUGUGUUGUAUCAUCUACUCCUAGAUACCAUGUGUUCUGCUAAAGAGAUUAUUGUAUUAUUGUUACAAUGUGACUAAUUUACAAAAGAAACAUUGUUUUACUUACACAAUUAUCCCUGGAUUUGACCACGAAAGUAAGAAAACAUGUAGAUCUUCCCAGUAAAAAAAAAAAAGCCUGAGCAAGGUGGCUGACUGCAGGUUCGGUCAAAGGUUGUAUCUAUUCAAUCCAUGUUCUCCAAUUUCCAUAAAAUAUUCCCAUUUAUUCUAGGUUGCAGGUCUACCAAGCAGCUGGUAGUUUACCAGAUUUAUUAUUGGGUGGCUGUUCAGUGACUGGCAGCUUCUUGUAGUGCGGGUCUAUGUGGAGCUUAAUUCACUUCAUAUUUCUCCACAUUGCAAGUAACAUAGGCUCAUCCAUAUUACAACUUCCUGCUGCUGAAUUUUCAUUUGUAAACAAGUUUUAGUGAGUAACAACCAGGUCUUUAUUUUGUAUUUCAUUAAUUUAAGGCAACUGUUACUGUAGUGUGAUUGUGUAUAAGUAUCCUAGCCAUUAGGUUUUUAAUACAGUUGGUUUGACUGAAAUAUUUCAAGAAUGAACUGUAUCCUGCGUGCAGGAGAGCAGAACAGACCCAGCACUGCUCUGGCAUAACUCCCAGGAACCACUAGCAGUUGUUGGGCUCUCCAUUCUAACAUGAGCACAGGUGCUUCAUGUAAUCCCUACUCGCAUGUUCAGCUGCAUUGUGUUCCUUUGGCACUGUAUUUUGAAUUAAAUUAAUUUAUUAAAAACCUUCACAAGUAAA